ACAAGAGAUUUAGCAAAAUUGUCACGACCGUUGUGGUCAGCUCUGUUGUCGUUCUUUGGUCAGUGUGGAAAUCUUGUAAUUUUACUCCAAUCAUUCGGAAGAAAAUAGACACGUUUAAAAUGCCGUUUUUAUAUUUGGCAUAACCGUUUGUUCAAACGAAAUUUCAUCCGCAAAGUAAAAAUUCUGUAUCCCAUAGUUGCGUCACCGGGUCCAACUGUCAUAAUUGUCUACUCGAAUUACGUACGACGUAGUUGUUAUCAGCUUUUGACAGAUUAGUCACUUUGCCAUCCCUCCUUGGUUCUGUCUGACAUUUACGAUUAGCUAAAUAAUUGCAAUGGAACAGCAACCCCUAAAAUCAGCGUCUGACAGGCCACCCCCUUACUCUCCAGUGGCACCUAUCACCAACCCACCACAAUCUCAAGGAGGAUGGCAGCCACCACCAGGAUAUUAUCCACGUGAAGGAAUUUAUUCCCAAGGCACAUAUUUGCCUUCCUAUGGAGCUACAGCACCCGUAUCAACAACUGUUAUCGUACCAGAAAUUAUUCUAGUCGGAGCUUGCCCUGCUUGUCGAGUGGGUAUGCUCGAAGAUGAUUACACGUGCCUGGGUCUUUUCUGUGCAAUUUUCUUCUUUCCUCUCGGUAUCCUAUGCUGUCUGGCAUUGAAAAAUCGUCGGUGUUCCAAUUGCGGAGCUUACUUUGGAUAAGGUAGCAUCCUUUGAAAUCAGAAAGUUCCUGCCACGAAAGUGAGCCAAUCAAAAGCUCAUGUAUAUUAUUCCAAGUGCCUUGAAUAAUGUUUCAGAGACAGAUCAAUUGUUGUGUGGUGAACUCAAACGAUUCAUUAAACCCUUCAGUUAUCAGCGUCUGUAACUAAUCACCGUCUCUCCCUCAUUAAUUGUUCGCUCGUUGGUAUCAUGUACGCGUUUAUUCAAAAUUUACAUUGAGAUUAUCGAUUAUUGGAAUUCCUCGUUUAAAACUCCAUCCACUGCUGGUCGUAAGUGGUGAUAAUAGUCGAUACGGAUAAGUAUGUUACCCUAACUGGAAUUUAUUUUGGAUUUAAUCCUCGCGAGAGUUGGUCGAUUUAGAGUAUAAAUAAUAAAAAAUGCCCGGUGCGUGAGUAUCUCGGUCGUGGUCAUAAUUUCCAGGCCACAGGUUUUGUCAAAUGUAUUUUACAAGCACACAGCACAUUUUAGAAAAAAAAAUUCGUUCUAAACGACAUUCUGACUGAUUUAAUUCUGCUGUAAAUAUACCUGUCAUUAUCAUAUUUGGAUUAGAGUUUUCUUUAAUGCCUCCUUGAUCUUCGUCGCGGUUGGAUUCCCUGCGCAGGUGAUAACUACGCGUUCAAAGUCUAAAGGUCACCUUCAGAAAAGGUCUAAUAAUUAUCUGGUACGUUUACUUUCAUACCUCAUAUAUCGUGCACCCAUUUAUCCCCCCUACAACUUGUUACCAAGUAUUAUCCUUUGAUCAAUCUAAAUCGGGUGGAUUGUUGUAUAUUAUUCCUCAAAUAAUUAUAAGCGUAUGUUUGCAAACGCAUUUUGUUUCAAAGAAAUUUACAAAAAAUAAAGAAUAUAUAUAUAUAUUAUAUAACUAAUAAAAAUAUAAAGAAAUAUUGUCUAUAAUGAAAUACUAUAACUUUGUAUCGUACAUACUAUAAUUAUCAUAUAUUCGUGAAUAAAUAAUGGAUGCAUAAUA